UUACUAGCCACGCCCAGCGCAAACGCGAUUGGUUCGUGCGCGUUGCCCCAGGGAGCCAAUCAGAAAGUGUCGUCUUUAGUUCCGUUUAAACUCCAGCUGGACUGUGAUGAAGAGAAGAGGUCACCCUGCUCCUUACACUGCACUUCAUUUCCUUCGUCUGUUAAUUUUUUUCCUUCAGGAAUAAAUCAUGCUAAAGAGGGUUUAGGAGGUUUUUAAGAGGCUUAGGGGAUUAAGGAGACAUCCUGAAACAUGAAGAAACAACUCCAUGUGUAUAUGGCGUACCAUACUCCAUUUUUCCCUUUGCUGGGGUGUGGGAGGCCUCUGAUGGAGCAGAUCACCGGGAACAGCAUCAUCAUCUCCAGUCCUUCAUCAUCUUCUUCAUUAUCAUCAUCAUCAUCUACUCAUCAUCACCUCCAACAUGUGGAAAAAGAGGAAAAGGAGGAAGAGGAGGAGGAAGAGGCGGCGGUGCACCUGGAGGGCAUGGAGCUGUGGAGGCAGUUCCACAGGCUCGGCACUGAAAUGGUUAUCACAAAGUCAGGGAGGCGGAUGUUUCCUCCGUUGCGUGUGCGAUGUAAUGGUUUGGACCGCAGAGCGAGCUACGUGAUGCUGAUGGACAUCAUGUCAUCAGACGGCUGCAGGUACAAGUUUCAUCACUCGCACUGGACAGUGGCAGGGAAAGCCGACCCGGAACUGCCCAAGCGUAUGUACGUUCACCCGGACAGCCCAGCCUCUGGAGAACACUGGAUGUCCCGAGUUGUGACGUUCCACAAGCUGAAACUGACCAACAACAUCUCAGAUAAACAUGGAUUUACCAUUUUGAACUCCAUGCAUAAAUACCAGCCGCGGCUGCACGUGGUGAGAGCUGACGAUCUCCUCAAACUUCCCUACAGUGCGUUCAGGACCUUCGUGUUUCCCGAGACUGAGUUCAUCGCCGUCACUGCGUACCAGAACGACAAGAUAACGCAGCUGAAAAUCGACAAUAAUCCAUUCGCAAAGGGAUUUCGGGACACAGGAAACGGGAGGAGGGAGAAAAGAAAACCUGUAAUGCAGUUGAAGGCCAGAAACGUGGCGCAGAAUAAAGACAACGGAUCCUCAGAGGGCUUGACCUCCGGUCGUUUCCUCCAAGUUUCAACUGUUGCUACGUCCAAGCUCAAAGAUGUUUGUCAGAGCGACAGUGAGAGUGACGCAGAAGUUGAGAACUCGAUCCAUCAGAUGAAAACUGACUCCAGAGAAAUCUCCUCCAUCAGCCACGAGCCCACAGACAGGCAGCCAACCAGAGGCUGCGAUACAAAUAAACGAGGCCGGAGUGUGGAGAAGCGCCUGUUCGACCUGACCUCUGUACCUCUGCACGCCGAACACUUCACACGGACUCUGGAGGAGUGUUACAUUCACCGCUGCUGCUUUCCAGGACAGCAGCUUCUCGCCGGCGUGAGAAGAACGUCACGCUUUCUGCCAAACCAAAACUGUGUAAACAUCUGGACGGCCACUGCUCCAGCUGCUGGAGAAAGCAUCCGGGGCUGCAGCUACGGCACCAUGGAGACUUCAAACCAGGCCAUUUUGGGAAAUUUCCCACUGUGCCUUCAGCAGCCUGAAACGACCUCGCAGGCUCUGAUCAUCUCUCAUUGUUACCCGUAUAACUGCAUGCUGGCGGCUCCUUGGACUCAGCGCAUGGCCGUUCCAGCUCGCUGUGCCCCGUAUCCUCUCCCACAUGCCUCCCACACACACCGGCUGCAGCCCAGACGCCACACUCCAGCCCGAGUCCAGCCCGAGAGCAAAGCCUGCAGGGAUCAGAGGUCACCCACGCUACCUUCCACAUAAAAGACCUCAUUUCAACUGAAACUGAACAGCAAUAAACAUUUCACACCUGUGACUGAAGUGAGAAUAAAAAAAUCAUGACGUAGAAUAGGAGCAGGAGAAAGGCUCUUAAUCUUCAACCGUUCACCUGUAAGGGGGCAAAACAGGAUAAGACAAGCCACUUCUUAUUCAUUCUAUCUUUUCCUGUGCAGCACAGUACAUUCUGAGCUGAGUGAAUUAAAUGCAUUGAGCUACAGCAACAUUUACAUGUUACAAAUACCUUUUGGACCAAAGCUUCCAAAUUACACUAAGAAAAUAAAACUAAAAUGUAAGUAUUAGUAGUAUUAAAAAAAGAUCCUCCAGCUUUGUGAAAAUGAUCUUUUGCGAUUGUGUUUUGAUUAAUCCUAAAUCUCUAUUUGUGUAAGACAAAUUAUUUAUGUAAGACUCUAAUUAUGAUUAUGUAAUUCAAAUCACACUGUACUUUAAGUGAUCUUUUUCUUCAUCAAAUGAGCAAAAAGGUUAAAAUGUUAGAGGUAUAUUUGACAUGGCUUGUCUUCCCCUGUUCUCCUCGACUCAUCGGUAAGAAAUCCAUCACAGAAUAAAUGGAAAUAUAAAUAAAGACAUGAAGUUUUGGCUAUUUAUUAUUGAGCAUUUUGCAGAUAUGUGUGCAUGAGUAAUAUAUUGGAAGAGAAAGUGAAAGAUAUAUGAAAUGGACUUGUCAUCAAAUAAAGUGAAUUUCUUUGUAUACAGGA